GAGGAGAAACCUGCUGCGUGCAUGCCUCUUGGAUCCGGCUCCCCGCGCCGGGAGAUGUGUGAGGUUGGCUGUGCGAGCUGUCAGCGGCAGAGAUCCCAGGGCAGCUGAGAGCGAGCUCAAGCGCUCUGCUUCCAGGCGGGGAGAGGAAGGCUGGUGCUGAAAGUGCAACCUGGCAGGAUCAUGACAGAGCCAAGCAGCAGAAAGGAAGGAUUUAAAAAAUGCCGGAGUGCUACUUUCAGCAUCGAUGGCUAUAGCUUUACAAUCGUUGCAAAUGAAACGGGGGACAAAAAUGCACGGCCACUUUCACGAUUUGCCCGAUCUAAAUCACAAAACUGCUUGUGGAACACUAUUAUUGGUGGGCUGACUGGCAAUCUCAAGGAAAGACCAAAGCCUACCAUCAUCAGUGACCCUAGACCUCCUGAAGAAAUCCUAGCAGAUGAGCUACCACCAGUGGACAGUCCUGAGGCGUUGGUGAAAACAUCUUUCAGACUGCGGUCUUUGGUAAAGCAGUUAGAAAGAGGAGAAGCUUCAGUUGUAGACCUAAAGAAGAAUUUGGAAUAUGCUGCAACAGUUCUUGAGUCAGUAUACAUUGAUGAAACCAGGCGUUUACUGGACACAGAAGAUGAACUCAGUGACAUCCAGUCUGACUCUGUGCCCUCGGAGGUCCGCGACUGGUUGGCCUCCACAUUCACGCGGCAAAUGGGGAUGAUGCUCAAAAGGACAGAGGAAAAGCCUCGGUUCAGGAGUAUUGUCCAUGCAGUGCAGGCUGGGAUAUUUGUAGAAAGAAUGUACAGACGGACUUCAAAUAUGGUUGGUUUGAGCUACCCACCAGCUGUAAUUGGAGUGCUAAAGAAUGUAGACAAGUGGUCCUUUGAUGUCUUUGCACUAAAUGAUGCCAGUGGGGAUCAUGCACUGAAAUUCAUUUUCUAUGAGCUUCUCACACGCUAUGAUCUGAUCAACCGUUUCAAGAUCCCCAUUUCUGCUCUGGUGUCCUUUGUGGAAGCUCUGGAGGUUGGCUACAGCAAACACAAAAAUCCUUACCACAACCUAAUGCACGCAGCAGAUGUGACACAGACAGUCCAUUACCUCCUUUUCAAGACAGGCGUAGUGCACUGGCUGACAGAGCUGGAGAUCUUCGCUAUGAUCUUUGCAGCUGCCAUCCAUGACUAUGAGCACACUGGAACCACCAAUAACUUUCACAUCCAGACACGGUCGGACUCAGCCAUUCUAUACAAUGACCGCUCUGUGCUUGAAAACCACCACGUCAGUGCAGCCUAUCGUCUUUUGCAGGAUGAUGAAGAGAUGAAUAUUCUAUCUAAUCUCUCCAAGGAUGACUGGAGGGAAUUCAGAGCUCUGGUAAUUGAGAUGGUGUUGGCCACGGAUAUGUCCUGUCACUUCCAGCAAAUCAAAGCCAUGAAGAAUGCUUUGCAGCAGCCAGAAGGAAUUGACAAGCCGAAAGCCUUAUCACUGUUGUUGCAUACAGCAGAUAUCAGUCACCCAGCCAAGGCCUGGGAUCUCCAUCAUCGCUGGACCAUGUCUCUGCUAGAGGAGUUCUUCAGACAGGGUGACAAAGAAGCAGAACUAGGGCUUCCCUUCUCUCCACUGUGUGAUCGCAAGUCUACUAUGGUUGCUCAGUCUCAAAUAGGUUUCAUUGAUUUCAUUGUGGAACCCACUUUUACUGUGCUGACUGACAUGACCGAGAAGAUUGUGACUCCGCUCAUCGACGAAGCUUCCCGCUCUGGCAUGUCUGGGUUCAGGCGUUCCAGUCUGAACAGUAUUAAUCCCUCUGAAGUUAAACGAUCAAGUGUCAAGAGCACUGGGUCCGAAGGAAGUGCCUCACACAACUGCUCCAUACUCACUGUGGACUUCAAAUGUUUUAAAGCCACCUGGACUGAGGUGGUGCAGCAGAACCGGGAGAAAUGGAAAGCUCAAGCCACCAAAGAAGAAAAAGCUAAGAAAGAAGCAGAAGAAAACGCUCAUCAGGGAACAGACGAGAAGAAAACGGAUGAAAAGGAUGAGAAGAAGCCAGCUGAAGAUGCUACAGCAGCAAACACAGAGAACAGCAGAGAACCAAAUCCUAGUGAAAACAAAAGUGCAGAUUCCAGUAAGAAUCAUCUAAGUGGGACUUGGCAAACUGGGGUGAGCAAACACGAAGCCUCUCAAGGGAAAAAUGCACCCAGAACAGAUAAGGGAGAGGACUCUCGUUACGCAGUUGGAGAACAGAAACAGCAUGUCCACAACGGUGAAUUAAAGGAAGACAAUAAGUUGGACAAAAAAGAUCAAUCCAGUGUGGGGGAUGAAGCAAAGAAAACAGAUGAUACAGAAGAGUAAAAAUACACUUAAAAAGAGAGACUGCAAAUUUCUUUCAUCAUUUUAGCUGAGCUUCUUCAUUCCUGUUCUCUUCCUCCUUCCGCAAAGACCAGUUUCUGGGGAAGGCAUUAAACAGCUCUCAAAACACUCCUCCUCCCACUGGCUACUUCACAGCUAAUGGCUCUGGCUUCUAGGGUGGGGGCCUUGGUUUUAUGGGUCAGUUUAAUUUGUGUUGGUUUAUUUGUUCAUAUAUGUGUGUGGGGUGGGGUUUUUUUGUUGUUGUUGUUGUUUUGGGAAGGGUUUAAAGGGAAAAAACCAAAACAAACCCAAGCAACGAUAUCCUGAAGCAAAUGGUUCCAUUUUCCUGGACAGGUCAAGCAAAUAGCUGAGCAUCAUCCUCAGAUCUGAGUAUUGCCCUUUGCUAUGCCUCAGCUGCUGAAAGCAACGUUAGGGUGAUGCAGAAGAGUAUUAAAAGGAAAACUUGAUAACACUUUACUUUUUUUCUUCUUUUCCAUGAGAACCUUCUUUCAGUUGUUGGUAGACCAAAUCUGGUGUCAGUUUUACCCUUGCUGUAGAAGGUUUUAUUGAUAUGAACAGUGAAUGUGUAGAGUCAUUUGACCAUUUGUUGCAAUUUGAUGUCUUUUCCAGAUGAUGCAAUGGUAGCAAAAUGGUUGGUUGUUUCUAAACAGCAGGCAGACUUGUUCAACCCUUCAUGUUGUUAUGGGCUUCACUUUUGGGUGGGUGUUUGUUUGUUUGUCUUUGGUUUGUUUGGUUUUUUGUCAGUAAUAGGAAAAAAAUAAUCAAUGAAAGUGAUAUUCCCUUGGGGCAAAUUUUGUUGUCAGGCUCUGAGAGCAUGUACUAAUGUACUCCUUGACCAUGUCUGCCUUAAUCUGAGGUUACAGAUAAUGAGCUCUUUCCCACAUUUGUUCAUGGGCUACUAGUAACUGUUCUUUGUCUGACCCUGAAGAUGGAAGAGAAGGAGGGCAGCAGGGAAAUCACACAGAUCAGUGCUUACUUUCAUCUCAGUGUGGUCUGUGUUUCAUCACUGACUGAAUGGCCAGGCCAAAGAAAAAGGCAAAAGUGUUGCUGGGGAAGCAUGGGCAGACAAAAGCAAAAUGAAAAAGUGUGUCCUAAAUACACUGCUGGAGUCAGUGGGCAAAAAAAGGUCUCAUCCAGUGGAGUUAGACACUUGGAAAGCAGACAGUUGAAAGAAGAAAUGUUGAAAAACUCACCCAGGCCUUGGUUCAGGCAGAUAUCUUUGCAUGAGAAAUGUCAAACGUGUACUAAGUGCUCUCCUGGCUUGGGAUCUUGGUAGGGAUCCAGUGAAUUGAAAUGUUAACCCGUGUGGAAAUCAAGACACCUACAUAUGCAUACAACUGUUUGGUUUUGCCCAGCUCCCUUUUGUUCAGGAUGAGGUCUUGCUGUGUUAGUCAUGGAUGUGUUGUAGGAGGAAUCAGGCUGCUGUUGUGGCUCUCUGCUAUACAGAGAACUUGCAAAUCGUUGGUUUAGGAAGGUAAAUCCUUAGUGUUUGGUAAAUCCUUAGUGUUUCCUUUCUGUGUUCAGCAGCACAGGACUUUUAUCACCAGCCUAUAUUAGAGCUUGGGCUCUCUGUUCUUGCUUAAACUGUGCAUGCACAGGGACAAGCAUCCCAUGCCACUAGCUGAAAGUCACAGCAGUGAGCUCUAUGGAACUCCACAUUUAAGCAUGGGUCCCUUCUGACUCAGGAGGGUUUGUGUCCGGGGUUUUGGUUACUGAGGCUAGAGAUGUUUUGAGGUGUUUGUUUUGGUUUUGUUGGGGUUUUUUUGGGAGGGAGGGAUGCACCAGAGUCUGAGUUUGUUCAAAGCCAGAGAUUUAGGUUAGGUUCAUGCUGUGAAACAGUUGCACUUCAAUCACAGGUUUUCAGGAGGAGGAAGUACAGAAAUAUCUCCUGGGGUUCUUAGAACUCGCAGUGGGCUUCACUGAAGCAGCUCAUUUAAAUACAGUAAAUACAAGGGCACUUAGUGCUCCCUUUCCUCAGCUCCUGGUUGAGUUGUAGCCCCGGGAUGCGUUUUCUGGGGAAAGCUGGGUGCUGGGAGAACAGCGACCCAGCAGCCAGCGCUGAGCACACUCCCUCUUAAGUGACAGGCAGAGGGCUCUGUGAUCACCUAGCACUUUCCCACCUCCCCUUGCACCCCCUCCAUCAACAUUCACCCCCAUUAGAGUGGUAGAAUAUGACUUGGAGCCCUGGCCAGGCACUCUGAAGGCACAUUGAUGAAAUAUCAAUAAUGCAGAACGAAAUAACUGCAGUGGUGACUCAGUCCCUGCUUCAUCAGACUUCUCCUUUAGGUCGCUGAGUGUUUGAUCCCAGGUGCAGGAUUGGUUAGGCAAUGUUUUGGACCUAAUGUGCAGCGACAAAAGAUGCCUUAGAUCAUGCACAGCAGAAUAAAAAUGACCAAUUUAGGAAAAUGAAUCUUUUUUUUGUUCAUCUGUUUCUGAUCUAUAUUUUUUCUUUCCUUCUGUGAGGGGGCUUCUUUCAGGUAGCACAGCCAGACUGCUUAAUUGCCAGCUGGUCAGUUCUUGUUUCUCAUGCACUGGCUCAAAGGUGUGAAAUCAGCCUGGAAAACGUUUUCUUCCUUGCUGGUUAGGGUUAUUCACCACUGGCAGGAGCUGAUAAGGAAAACAAUGGAUUUGCCAUCUGUUGAGGAGUGCAGAUCAGAGCUGCCGUUCUAGAAGAGAUGCUCAAGUCAAGAGUCACUGGUCUCAGCACGCAGGUAUGCAGCCAGAACUAGCUCUGUCAUCCUCCUGCUCUUUUGAAAUGAGUUGUGCAAGUAUACAGUGGAUCGUUAGCAUUUUCCAGAUCGUUGUUGUCAUGUUAAAGAUAAACAACAACCCCCAUGAAAUCUAUUAGCUUGGAAGUAUAUAAAGUGAAAGUGAAAACUAGGCAGCAAAGUCCUCCAAAGAGACUAGGCCAGAUUAAAGCAUCUAGUAUGGGUCCCCUCCCAGCAUCACACCUACUCCACACACACCCCCUCACCUCCACCUCCCUGGAACACUCUGCAGCACUGUGCUAGUGCAUUGUGAGCCAAGGAAUGGAAAUGUUUAGUCAGCUCCCAGUUCAAGUAGAGCUCAGCCACUGUGCUAUUGUGUAACAGAAACCCAAAUAAACAUAAAAAUAAAUUGCAGAA